UAUUUCCCUUCUACGUGACUAGGGGUCGGCACGGUUUGAACCGACUCAAACUGGUUUCAAAUUGAGCAAACCAAACGAAACCAAACCAGCGACGACUGAACCAAACCAAACCAAAACCAAACCAAACUAAGCUAAACCAAACCUCUUGAGUUGGCUUGAACCGAAAAGAUGCGCGGCAAACAAUAUUCGCAUUCAAUACAAAUAUCAAGUGUAUUAAUCGCUAAUUUCUACGCAGUCUUUCUUCAUGUUGAGAUUCACUAGCAAGUACUGGACGACGAUGUCGUCCACAGCCAUCUCCUCAAGCUUGGCACGCCCAAUGUCCUUGAACGCAGAGUGGUAGUUCAAUGGCAGUGAAACGCCAACACUAGGCAACAUCCGCGCCCACGAGCGCACACACAUCUCGGCCUUGAACGUGCACUUGUGCAGGUUUGGUCGGUCGAGAAAGGAGCGCUUGGCGGCCGAGUUUGCUCUCUCGGAGGGCACGGACGACGCCGGGAUAGGCAAAUAGUCGAGGGCCACGCGUCGCAGGCGCGGGCACUUGCCGCCGUACAGCUUCCACCACUCGACGACGUCCAUGCUCAGGUCCUGAGUCGGCUCAAGCAGGAAGCGGUCGACCUCGGAGGCGGCGCCGUCGUGAGCGUUGGGCGCGUAGACCAUGUCAAAGAGGAUUUUAAUGCCGCCACGCGGCGCCGCCUUCGGCGCCGCGUCCGUCGUCAACGCUGGGUAGCGCUGGUUGAGAAUGUCCGUCAUCAUGUCCUUGAUAUUGCUGUACUCGGCCUUUACAACCAACCAAACUAGUUUGAGCCGGUUCCACCCUGUCCGAGCCAAACCGAGUCGGUUUUCGUAGCCCCAAACCAAACCGAACCAGUUUAAACAAAGCCAAACCAAACCGAUUUGGUUCGGUUCAAACCGCGGUUUGGUGGUUUGAGCCAAACCGUGCCGACCCCUAUACGUGACUUUACCGAAAGAACCAAGAAGAAGUAAGGAGUUGUGAGUAAGUAAGGAGUUGUUAGUAAGUAAGGACUUGUCCCUUGCUUUUUAUACGACACGUGUGCGGCGAUGGUGCAGCCAUUGAUCGAGGGUCGAAUUCGAAACGCGUGAUCGGCAUCGCGCUCGCUGAAGAUGUUUGCCUUCAGGGAAGUCGUGGACUGUAUACGCAACUGCGCACAAUUCUGUGAGUCACUUAUAACUGCGUUGCCGUUACCUAUUGCCAAUUAUGGAUUCAGACUAUUGUCCUAUCAUCUCAUAGAGUCCCUGGCACGUAUUACUAUGCUACACAGUGGCAGUGGGGGUCGCAAAAUGCCGAUUUAUUACUAAUAAACCCCAAUGAUCCGAUCGAAAUUAGGGGCACGUGCCACCCCACCCUCCCUUCCCCCACUGGCUCCGCCAUUGCUCGCCAUGGAGAUGCUGGCAAUGUAAUGGUUAGCUUACUGGACUUGCAAUCCAGAGGUCGUUGGUUCCUCAAUUCAACCCUGACUCUGUCCACCUAGCCGUUAUAAACUGGGUGGCCACACUUGAAUGGGCAGUUCACACGUGGUGGUGGGGGUCAAGUAGGGAUGCUCCCAAUUCCUUACGUGAUGUCUGACCAGGUGUUGAGAGAAGGCAAGAUACUCUAUAGAACCGUGGUUCAACACUUUUUUGGGCUACCGCAUCCCUUUGUUCAAUUGCGUUUCAACCGAGCACCCUCUCCUCUGAUCCAACAUGGUUUUGAGAAAUAAAUGUAUACAAAAAGUUACGUGAAUAUUUUAACCAAAAUGGUUAAAUGCUGUGAGGUAUCCCCAUCUAGCUGGUAACGGCAAACAAACGCGCGCUCUUGUGUGCGUUACGUAAUUCGCUUACGCUCGCUGGUUACUCUUAGAAACCACAUUGUUUACCAUCUUUGAGUUUAGAACGGUCUCUUACAUCGUCUUAGGUUACCGUGAGGAUUCAAAUUCUAUCGUGGUUAUUGUAUACUACCAGACUCGUACACGAUUAUUUACCAAUGACUCUUUACCAAUAUAACGUCACAUUUACACAAUCACCUCGCGUACCUCCAGCGAUCCGCGUACCCCCGGUUGAUAACCACUGCUUCAGGAGGAACUCCCAAGCAGGAGGCCCCGUUCCCAGCAGUAAAAUAAACAUGUAAUUGCAGGUCUGCGCCUUUGCCAUGGUAAUAAAUUCCCCCUACGCCCGUACCCUGUACGGUUGUAUCUGAAUAUUCAUUUAAAAGUCCAGAGGUCGUCGUGGCUAAAGGCAUGCCACCAGCCCUCGCCAUUGCUGCAGUCCUGAUGCUACAUCACAUGACUGUUGCACAGAUUGAUUGGGGGGCUUUGUAAGGAAAUGGCGAUGAAAUUUUGAGAGAUGGGUGGCGGUGGUGACCCACAGGAAAGAUGUAAAAAGCCGUCGGAAUUCGCAAACACUUUGCCCCUCCUCAAGAGCCAAGUGCGUGCGAGCACUUACAAUGCGCGAGUGGCAUCUGCAAUUCUCUGACAACUGCGAUGGCACACGGCAGUCUGAGUGAACGACGCAUGGUAAAGCGGCAACGGCCAUCCAGACCAAUGGAAGAUUCUCACGUCGACGAGAUGGGAUCAAGCGCGUGCGACGAAUGCUCGGAUGGAGGGGAUGGGUUGACCAAGGACAAAGGAGCCGUGGUGUACGGCGUCUACGACACCCCACCGUGGUACCUGUGCAUUGUGCUUGGCCUACAGCAAUUCCUGACGGCAUUCGGCACCAUCGUGGCGAUCCCGUUCAUCCUGUCGGAGCACCUGUGCAUCAGCCACGACGACGUGGCGAAGGCGUACCUCAUCAACACCAUCUUCUUCGUGUCCGGCCUGUGCACUCUCCUGCAGGUCAACUUCGGCGUCAGGCUGCCCAUCCUGCAGGGUGGCACCUUUGCGUUCGUGACGCCCACGGUGGCGCUGCUCUCGCUGCCCGAGUGGAAGUGCCCCGAGACGCCGCUCAACAUUACGAGCCCCGAGCACGAGGAGAACUGGCACUCGCGCAUGCGGGAGGUCCAGGGCGCCGUGCUGGUGGCCUCCACCGUGGAGAUCGUGCUGGGCUUCUCAGGCCUCGUGGGCUUCGUCCUGCGCUUCGUGGGGCCGCUGUGCGUGGCGCCCACCGUGUCCCUCAUCGGACUCUCGCUCUUCAAAGUGGCGAGCAACGACGCCGGGACGCACUGGGGGAUAUCGGCGAUGACCGUUUUCCUCAUCGUGCUGUUCUCACAGUACAUGAAGAAUCUGGCUUUGCCAAUCCCCACCUACAACAAAGGCUGUCGGAUAAAAUGGUUCCAAGCAUUCAAGUUAUUACCGGUGCUGCUGGCUAUGGGCAUCUCGUGGCUCCUCUGCUACAUCCUCACGGUGUGCGACGUCUUCCCCAGCGACCCACAAGCCUACGGCCACGUGGCCCGCACCGACGUGAGGGCAGCCGCCCUGCAGAAAUCGCCCUGGUUCCGAUUCCCCUACCCAGGUCAGUGGGGCGCACCGACCGUGAGCGCCGCGGGGGUGCUGGGCAUCCUGGCGGGGAUCGUGAGCUCCAUCGUGGAGUCGGUGGGCGACUACUACGCGUGUGCCCGUCUCGUGGGCGCGCCGCCACCCCCGCGCCACGCCGUGAACCGCGGCAUCGGCAUGGAGGGCAUCGGCUGUCUGCUCGCGGGCGCCUGGGGCACGGGCAACGGCACCACCUCGUACAGCGAGAACAUCGGCGCGAUUGGCAUCACAAAGGUGGGCAGCCGCUUGGUCAUCGUGACGGCCGGAGCCAUGAUGGUGCUGCUGGGCAUGCUGGGUAAAGUCGGCGCAGUGUUCGUGACCAUCCCCACGCCCGUCAUCGGCGGCAUGUUCAUGGUGACGUUCGGCAUCAUCACCGCGAUCGGCGUGUCCAACCUCCAGUUUGUGGACAUGAACUCAACGCGAAACAUCUUCAUUUUUGGCUUCUCCACCUUCGCUGGGCUGGCUGUGCCUGGGUGGCUCAUGGACAACCCCGAUAUUCUCCGCACCGGCGUCCGAGAACUUGACCAGAUCCUGCAGGUGUUGCUCACCACCAGCAUGUUCGUCGGUGGCUUCCUGGGGUUGCUGUUGGACGUCACCAUUCCAGGCACCGAGGAGGAGCGAGGGCUGCUCAAGUGGCGGAGCGCCGGCCACUCGACCGCAGACGGUGGCGACGUGGGGCCCAGCAGGGCCGAGCGCCUCGCGCGCGAGCAGAAGUUCUACGGCCUCCCGUUCCGCUUGGACGCCCGUCUGCCCAGGUCAUGGGCCCGAUGGCUCCCGUUUUGGCCGCCCGCUGACCACGUGGGCGAGAGCGAAGGGCCUCGCGAAGCCGCCGCGGACACGGGCAGCAUUCCCGUCGACUUGAUCAUAGCCAACAAUGCUAUUGUCAUGGGAAACGUGGACAUGAAUUCUUGAUUAUUCUCGACAAGCGCACCUGGCUAUUUGGACUCGCGUGUGUGUGUGUGUGUCGUAAUCUUCAGCACGUCAACCCAAGAGGCAGUGGUCAACACAGCAGCCCCAUACAGAUUUUGAACCUGUGGGGGUCAUAAUAAAGCAUUUUAUCUCCGCGGGAAAACCCCAUUGAAUGGCAACUUUUUUUGUAAUGCGUGUUUAGUGCGUGCACCUCCGAUUAGCACGGUUGACUACGUAGGGUACGAAAGAAGUUCAACAUACGUGCAUACAGGAAACCGGAAUACACGGAGAAAACGCACGCAUAUGACGGGAUAUCACCGAAAGCUCCACGCACAUGGAUUCCAUCCACUGCUAUACCCGCACCUCCUAAUGACUUAAUUCCCGAGUCACAAAUACGAUGUAGACGCCAUCACAGCGAUACGUUCCGCUACGCUAUUUGGAUAUCCGAGCAAAGUACUGGGCAGGCUCCAGCUAGUUCCGAAUGCGGCUGCUAGAGUGCUCACAUCACGUGCACCGUUCCGUAAGCAGAUCACACCGGUCCUCUUAUCUCUCCAUUACGCUCGUCCAUCAAGGUCCUUCAGAUCUUCUCAUCUCCACCUGCUCAGCACUCCCAAGGUCGAGGUUGUGCUCUUUUGGUGAUCGCGGCUUUUGUUUGCGUGGCACCCAAGCUAUGGAAAGCCUUGCCACUUGAUGUCAGGCAGAGUCGAUGAGAUGUAUUGAAGUCUGCUUUGUAAACCCAUCUCUUUUAAGUGGCGUUCCGUCUUCUGUUUCGUCGGUUGCCCCGGUUCUGUUUUUGUUUCCUGCUUUUCAUACAUUCCGCAUUGGGAUCAUGGGAGAGAAUGAUACAUUAGAAUUAUUCUUAUUACACCCUGAUGGCUCGUCCAUUUCAUCGUAAAAUCAGAGUUUCCGCUCUGCAUCAACAUCAGCCCUGCGAGAAAGAAUACUCCCUCGGCCUCCACGGCCACACGAGGAGGCAACCAUCGCCAAAAGCGCUGACCCCCCCCCCAUCCGCAAGAGGAGCAGUGUCAUCAUCGGCAUUCGAUGGACUGCCAAGAGGAAAGAAUGAGAAGGGGGAGGAUAUAGUAGAGGUCAAAAUGGAACGUUGUGAGUUCCAAAACUGGGCUUGAGGUCAGCUAAGCCAGACUUCCUUCAGGCGCAUGAUGGUAAAUCGGCGGUGGGUGUCCUAUGGAUGGAGUGGAAUUGCUAAAGCAAUGUGGAAUUCCACCAAUGGUUUACGUUUGCCAAUGGAGAUGAGUGCUACGCCUUGUUGGUUUGAAACGUUUCUUUUUUUUUUACCAACUAAGGCCCACUGAGCUAUGUAGCUCUUUUUCAGAUGCGACCUGGCUAUCAUGAAUGAUAGCUCAACGAGGUGGCUUAUCAUGUGUCCAUGUAUAUCAACCAAAUACUCUGAACGCACGUUGAUUCUAAAUGUGGAGGAAAAAACCGGAAAACCGGGAGAAAAAUUCACGCGACGACGGUGGGAGAGACACACAAAUUCCAAAUAUACAGCAGCAGGCGUCAGGGUCUGGAUCGAACCCACGGCCUCCUGUAUACCAGGCGAGGUAGUUAACUUCUCGCCACCGUGGCGCCCAAAAUUCUGGGCAAGGAGACUCAGAAUUUGAUCAAAUUGUAGCUCACUGAAUCUGCAGACUACGCGGGUUCCAUAUGUACUUUGGAAUACAAAGUUCAGCUUGUGUGUUUGAAAGUCUAAACUCGAUGUGUGUUAUGUAUUUCCUGUCAUUAGCGCGCCCGCACAAACACACUCAGUGCACUGGGACACAUCGCUGUGAUUGUGGUUGAUAUCAUCAAAGACAAAGAUCCCCCGGAUAGCUUCAACGAAAUGUUGGGGCAAGUGCUGUUAGCGAGCAGCACCUAUGAAGGCCGGCACGGCACACGAGCAAUAGGUGAACAGCACCACGCCCGACCGCCUUUGUCUCCUGAGUGGCGAUGUUUACACAUCGCACAGGUACUCUUUUCAAGGCUGAGUCAACCUAGGAGAGGCCCAGGACCGGUUGAGAUAAUCGUCACCAGUGUUGGCCGUGAUCGGGAAUCGAACUCGGUUGGCCGGGUUCGUAGGGCAACGCACGAACCGUUGAAACUACCGCUCACCAGCAGAGGGCAGAGUGGCAGCGGCAUUUGGGAAUGUUAUUCUGAAGAGCCCAUUGCCAUCACUGCAGGCUUAUUGCAAUGCCACCAUUAGGCGCUGUCAAACACAGGCUGAAUAUCAGUGGUCAGCUGGCGAAUAGAACUCAUAAUGUCAGAGGCACCGAGCCAAACACUCAUAUAUGAAAUAGACUAAACAUCUCCUGAAAAAAUAGUAUUCGCACUUAGGGACGCUUUCGUAGGAAAAUGUUAUUUUUUUAUUAUAAUUAUUAUUAUAGUGGAGUGGUGAGCGAAUGCCACUGCGAACAUGGCGAGCUGAGUUCGACCCAAAACCAGGGAUAACAGCAGCGGCAAUUGCUUUCUGAACCGAUCCUGGGUCACCACUUAUUGACCAACCUCAUCCAGCAGAGGAUUGAC